AAACUAAAAGAGGAAUAGAAAUAGAGAAAGUGACCCAAAAUAAAUAUUUGUGGAGUUUCUCACCAGUUUCCAUCGUCGAAAGAGACUCAGACUCAGUUGCCUGCUUCGGCCCUUCCUUCCUCCGCGUCUUUUUCCAUAACCAAGUCCUUCCUUUCCUUCUUUACAUACGCAAUCCUUUCUUUCUCUAUCUCUCUCUCUCUCUUCAAAGUCUCCUUUUUUCUCGCUCAAGAAAAAAGAUCUUGAACUGGUUGGUGCUGCUCUCAGAUUUUACUGCAACUUCGUGCAUUUUUCCGGCCUGUUGAUUGUAAAGCAUUCAUAUCAGUAUUCCACUUUUGUAUAUUAGAUUGUGCAAUUUUCCUACUUCGAAAUAUGUUUGGCUUAAGGAAAUCUCCUUUAAAGACUUCUAAAUAUAAAACAGUUGACCCUGUAUAUCCUAAGUCUUCUGGUUCGAACCCUUUUGACUCUGAUGAUGAAAUGGAUGUAAAGCACAAACAAACUUCCUCAAGGAGGACUUCUUCUGAAUCCUCAUUAGUUUUACCAGAUUCUAGUACAAACCCUUUUGAUGAUGAUCUUGGAAGUGCAACUUCAUCUUCUUCAUACUCCAAUGCAGCUGCUUCAGCCACGAGAAACAAGUAUAGAAGUGAUUUCCGUGACACAGGUGGAUUGGAGAAUCAGUCAGUUCAAGAACUGGAGGGCUAUGCAGUGUACAAGGCUGAAGAGACUACCAAGUCAGUCAAUAACUGUUUGAAGAUUGCUGAGGAUAUUAGAGAGGAUGCUACUAAAACUUUGGUUCUCUUGCAUCACCAGGGUGAGCAAAUUACCAGGACUCACACUGUUGCUGCUGAUAUUGAGUAUGAUCUUAGUCGGGGUGAGAAGCUUCUGGGAAGCCUUGGGGGCAUCUUCUCAAAGACUUGGAAGCCUAAGAAGACCCGUCAAAUAACAGGCCCUGUUAUAAUGGGAGGAGAUGAAGUUCAAAGGAGAGGCAGCCAUAUGGACCAGAGGGAGAAGUUGGGGUUAGCUCCUCUCCCUAAGGGGCGGUCAAAAGCCCAAACACUGCAACAGACUGAACCAGCUGAUGCUUAUCAGAAAGUUGAGGUAGAAAAGGUCAAGCAGGAUGAUGCAUUAUCAGAUCUGAGUAAUCUCUUGGGAGAAUUGAAGGACAUGGCCGUUGACAUGGGAUCUGAAAUUGAGAGGCAUAACAAAGCUCUCGAGCCUUUACAUGAUGAUGUUGAAGAGCUCUCUUACCGUGUUAGAGGUGCCACUGAACGUGGUCGCAGAUUACUUGGCAAGUGAUGAACUUCUGGACUACUACCAUCUGCUUCUUGCUUUGCAUCCUUUAUCUGGCUUCAGUGGUUCUGUUUCUUUUCAUUUUAUUAUGAAUGUAAACAUUUCCCUCUUUACUGUUUGAGUACGUUGUAUACAACUUUUAGAUGUUCAAGUACAGUUGCUCUUGUUCACUAAAUAAUUGAUUUGAGGGUUAACCUUUUUGGAUUCAAA